CUUCCACUUUCGUAACGGCCACGCACCGCCCGUACCCAGCGAAGCGAAGCUCCGGUGGCCUCGCCGGCCGAAGGGAGCCACCGCCGCCGCGCCCGGCGACGCGGGGUAAGCUCCGCUCCGCUCCAUCCUCCACCGAACGCAGCGCGCGCGCGCGCACCAAGCCGACUAGCCCUAGCGUGCGCCGCGCGCGCGCGGGAAGGAGAGACCAUACCCUAGCCUCUACUCGCUAGCGGCGCGCGGCGCCGGCGCGGUCAAGCCGCGGGCGCGGCGAGCGAGCAUCCGCGACGGAGCGGAGCCCUCGCGCGCGCGCCUCUGCUCUUCUCCGACCAACGCCAUCGGUAAUUAACUAACGUCUUCCGCCAUUGCUGACUGCCCUGCCCCUCUCGUUUCCGACGAACCAGGCACGCGCGCGGUGAUCGAGCGAUGGCCACCCAGGACGGAGCGGGGCGGGCCGGAGCGGAAGCGGUUCCCACGGUCGGGCUGGCCCUCAGCGGCUCCACAUCCAGCGCCAACGUCCUCCGCUGGGCUCUCGCCAAGUUCGCCAACAACCCCGCCGCCCCGGCCGCUGCCGCCUUCAGGCUCAUCCAUGUGCUCACCCCGGUCCUGGCUGUGCCCACACAACCUCCAGUGGGGAACUACCUCCCAAUCGACCAAGUGCGCCCCGAAAUCGCAGAGGCUUACGUCCAGGAAGUGUGGGUCAAGGCGCAGAAGAUGCUUGCCGGCUGCAAGGAAACCUGUGACGAAAACAAGGUUGAUGCUCAAGUAGUGCUUGUUAACGGGAACGAUGUCGCGGAUACCAUUUCCAAUCUUGUUGCUCAGCACCAGAUACAGACCCUCGUCGUCGGUGCCAGCAGGGGCUUCUUUAAUAGGACGUCCUCCAAAAUCUGCAAGGGUGUCCCCAGCUUUUGCACAGCGUAUAUUGUUUCAAAGGAUGGGUCGUCUUCGGUUUACGCUCCUGGAUCAGGGAUUGACGCGACCACUGGCUCUGGGGUACCGAAAGGCAACUCCAGCAGCUCCAGCACCGAAGUGUUUUCAGAGGAUUCGUCCCUGGUAUCAGAUCUGAAUGACAACAGUUUAGGACAGGGUCUCUCUGGUUUUCCAAGCCUGCCACGCUCCAACUUGGCAUCAGGGAAUCUCCAAAGUACUGCAUCUUCUGAAAGUCAUGUCUCGUUUACUCUAUAUGAUCAUCUCACUGGAAGGGCAACAGUAUACAACGACAAUGACAGAAUUGCUGAAAGCUCUAUCGCAAGUAGAUUGCGGGGUUCGGGCAAGGUGCCAACACAAGAUAACUCACUGCGGCAGUUAAUGCUUUCAGACAACAAGGAUGCUGUCAAUACAGUGCAGUUUGAUCUCGAUACAGAGCUCGAAAAGCUGAGGCUUGAAUUGAGAGAGAUACGGGGGGCAUACAAACUCGAGUCUGUCGAUGCAUCUCAUCAGGUGGUUGAAUUAGCUGCCGCAGAGGAGGUUAUGCAGAAAAAUAGGCUGCUGGCACAGACAUCCAAAGACGCUGAUAAGAAGCCGGGAUUGGAGCAGCGCUCUGUACUUCAAGGCAACUCAUACUUGACGUUCACAUGGGAGGAGAUUGAUAACGCCACAUCAUCAUUCUCAGAGUCACGCAAGAUCGGAACUGGAUCUAAUGGAACAGUUUACAGGGGCCAUCUCAAUGACUUAGAAGUAGCAAUAAAGGUCCUCCAUUCUAAUGACAAGACCAGUACCAAGCAUUUCAACCAAGAGCUCGAGGUUCUGAGCAGGAUACGCCACCCACACCUGUUGAUGCUCCUCGGAGCCUGUCCGGACAGGGGCUGCUUGGUGUACGAGUACAUGGAGAACGGCAGCCUCGCGGACCGUCUGCAACGCAUAAAUGACACACCUCCAAUCGCAUGGUUCCACCGCUUCCGCAUCGCCCAGGAAAUCGUGUCAGCCCUUCUGUUCCUUCACAACACAAAGCCCAACCCGAUCAUCCACCGUGACCUGAAGCCUGAAAAUGUGCUCCUCGACGCCAACCUAGUCAGCAAGAUUGGCGAUGUUGGCCUGUCAACACUAGUCCCACUGAAGGAUACUCUGUCAAGCCUCACGGUGUACAAGAAGACCGGUGUGGCAGGCACACUGUUCUACCUAGACCCAGAGUACCAGAGAACUGGGCAGGUGUCCGUGAAGUCUGACACGUACUCUUUUGGCAUGGUGAUCCUUCAGCUGCUGACGGCAAGGCCUCCGAUUGGGCUGCCUGAAGUAGUGGAGCGAGCAGUGGAAGAUGCUGAACUUUUGGGUGUGCUGGAUGAGAGUGCAGGGAGCUGGCCCUUGAAAGAAGCGUAUGAUCUAGCUAACCUGGCCCUAAGCUGUCUAGAAAUGCGGAGCAAGAGCCGGCCUGACCUCAGGAGCAAGGUGGCGGUAGAGCUGGAACGGCUGAAUAAUCUCGUGGCUGCUCUGUUUGAGCCAGUGCAGGCCGCGGCAGAGUUGCCCCAGCCGCCCAGCCACUUCAUGUGCCCAAUACUCAAGAGGAUGAUGAAGGACCCAUGCAUCGCCGCGGACGGGCACUCGUACGAGCGCAACGCGAUGGAGAUGUACCUGUGCGAUAUUGACGUGUCCCCAGUGACAAAAGCGCGGCUGCCUAACAAGACGCUGGUGCCUAACCUGCGGCUUCUGAGUGAGAUCACGAACUGGAGGGCCCAGGCAGGCAUUUGAUUGAGGCUAAUGGUAAAUAUAGUUAGUCUAAGUGCACAUAUCAUCGGGGUCGGGGGGGGGAAGGUUAACCCAUGGUAUAGAAGAGGUAGUAUAGCUGUUUUUGUCUCUAUGGGUGUUAGUCUUGCCUGCCUUAGGCAGUGUUAGCCUCUGUGUAAAGUGAAGGAGCAUUUUUUGCAACUAUAAUCACCAUCCUGGGUAAGUAGUGGUGUUAGUCUCCAGGAGAGGAUAAUUGGAUAAAACGGUGAUUGAAAGGGCGAUGAUGCCUAGCUCGGCUCGUCGGUUUUGGGGUUUGCAUUUGUGCAGUGCCAGGUUUAUUCUUUGAGUUGGUUUACAAUAGGAUGACUCAUGCAGAAAUCUUUGUUGGCUUGGAUGCUGAGGUUAUGUUGUGGCAAUGUGAAAAAAAAAACAGAGGUUAUGUCCAGGUAGUGCGAUAGUGUCAGCAUUGGAACUUGGAUGGUCUUAUUUGCUGGUUGUCAUGUGAAUCAAGAUGUGAUGAAUGAAAUUUUGGUACGAAUGUACGCAAAUGAA